AUGAGACCUCUGACUAUUACCAAUGUCCUGCUUUUCAUAAGUAGCGUCAUUGCUGCUCCCGGAGCUACGCGGCAAUUCACGAACAAAUCACAAUCUUUCCAAAGACUUGCAAAUGUCAGCAGAAACGCAAUUGCCCAUGUAUACGAUACCAACUGGGCAGGCGCGGUGAUCGAAACAACAGGCGUGACAUCCGUAACCGGGACCUUCACUGUUCCUAGUCCAUCAACUCCAGGCGAAGGAGUAGCCUGGGUAGGCAUCGACGGCAACAACUGCUACACCGCAAUCCUGAAAACAGGCGUCAUCUGGACCCGCGCCUCCGGUUCCACAACCACCACCUACCAGGGCUGGUACGAGUGGUUCCCCGCCGGCAUGUCGUACUGGACCACCUCCUCAUUUCCCAUCAAAGCCGGAGACGUUAUGACGGCAACUGUUCACGCGACGAGUUUGACUUCUGGGACGGCGACGCUCGCUAACAAGAGUACGGGGAAGAGUAUUUCCCACUCGUGA